UCUGAAAUGAGAGGUAAUUCAGGUCUGAGAUCACUAUAUAUAGCACUGGUUUUCGCCACACUAUUUGUUCUCAUAAUUAUUCUUCAAAUAUUAUCGAUUGAAACAAACAAUAAUAAUAGCAGUAAUCACUUGAAUAACAAUAUUAUGAAAAACAACGGAAUGUCGGGUCGUUUUAAACUUUUUAGUAAAAAAAGUGAUGAAAAAGAUAUUUUUAGCCAAAAAAAUUCUGACAAAUUAGAGAAUAUAAUAGAUUUAAAAUAUAGUACACAUUCAAUGAAUGUUAUGCUAACUGAAACAAAUCAAAGUAAUAAAUGGGAUCUUAAUUUUGGUCAAAUAAAAUCAGAUCACUGGCAGAAAGUGCCAAAUUCUGGACAUAAAUUUUAUGUAUUCUCUGCCUAUUAUGACAAUAGAAGUCUUCAAAAUCGAUUUAUUCGUGUAAUCGCCGCAACAAAGACCAGAACUAAUGAAAAAGUUUAUUGUAAGUUAUGGUACGCUCAUACCUAUCAAGCAGUGACAGUUAAUGCCAUCAAUAAGCUGAUCCAUGAAAACUGGAAUCUCAAAUAUAGUGCCUAUUUUAUAUUGUGUCCUCUAUUCACACACAUACCAGUUCCUGAUGCCGUCUCACUAUUCAUUGGAGACUAUCAUCAUAUCAACGAACAAACUCUUAUGCAUUCAAACAAACUUUUUAUUCAUAAUAAAUUUGAAACAAACAGUCAACCAAUCGAUAACCAGCCAAAUGCAGAACAUAUAGCAGUUUGUAUUAAACCAUUGCAUUAUCACUACAAUAAAGUCUUAAAUUUAAUUGAAUUCAUUGAAUUGAAUCGCAUUCUGGGUGUCAGACACUUCUUCUUUUACAAUCAUACUAUCGGUGCUGAUGUUGACUGUGCUCUCAGGCAAUACAUUGAUGAGGGAUUCAUAACGAUAUUGUCGUGGGAUCUCAAUAUGGAGUCACAGAAAGAGAUCAGAACUGAAGGACUGUUUGCUGCUCUCAAUGAUUGUCUCUAUAGAGCAAUGAAUCGAUUCAAAUAUGUUUUAAUGAUAGACAUCGAUGAACUGAUCAUCCCUUACAGACAUAGCUCCCUAACCUUAAUGCUUAAGACAAUGAAUAAAGUAAAUGGCGACAGAACUGGUGGUUAUUCAUUCAGAAAUGCAUUUUUCUACACUCAAUGGCCAGACGACACAUCUGUAGCCAAUUAUAUGGAGUAUUCAUUACAAACUUUGCUCAAAACUCGUCGCAAAAGUCAAUUAAAUCUUCAUAAACAGAGAUCUAAAUGUAUUGUAAUACCGAACAGAGUCAUUGAAAUGGGAAACCAUUUUGUUUGGGAGUUUAUGGCCCCAAAUAUGAUGGUUAAUGUCGAUCCCCGGUUCGCAGCCCUUCAUCACUACCGGGUGUGUGAGUUCGGGGGCGACGACUGUAUUAAAAGUGAUUCUUUGGUUGAAAGAAGAGUUCACAUUUGGAGACAACAACUCAUCACUUCUGUUAAUGACUUUAUCACAAACAGAUCCUCACAAAAAUGUCACUUAAAUUAUCUCAAAACAAAAGGAAGAGCUUAA